CGGGGUUUCGGGCCAGCCGAAGUGGAAUCUGGUACCCCAGGACUGCUGCAACCCAGACUAACCAACCCACUGGGAGAGAUGCCUGGGGGCCUGGGAGUCCUCCAAGCGCUGCGUACCACCAUCUUUCUCCUCUUCCUAAUCUCUGCUGUUGGCCUGGGCCCCGGGUGCCAGGCCCUGUGGGUGGACGGGGGCCCGCCAUCGGUGACAGUGAGCCUGGGGGAAACGGUCAAUCUCCAGUGCCGGUACAACCGCAGCAGACCCGACAGCACUCCCAAUGUUACGUGGUGGCGCAUCCUCCAAGGCAACGCCACCUGGCCCGACAUUUUCUGGAGCUAUGGCCAAGGCCCGCAUGGUGAGCUGACCAUCAGCACUGUGAACAAGAGCCACAUAGGCAUGUACAGGUGCCAGGUGGAGGAGAAAGGCCACCCCGUCCAGAAGUCCUGCGGCACCUACCUCCGUGUGCGUGAGCGGCUCCCCAGACCAUUCCUGGACAUGGGAGAGGCCACCAAGAACAAUCUCAUCACAGCCGAGGGCAUCAUCCUGCUCUUCUGCGCCGUGGUGCCUGGGACCCUGCUGCUGUUCAGGAAACGAUGGCAGAAUAUGAAGUUUGGGGUGGACGCCCAGGAUGACUAUGAAGAUGAAAACCUUUAUGAGGGCCUGAACCUGGAUGACUGUUCCAUGUAUGAGGACAUCUCCCGAGGCCUCCAGGGCACCUACCAGGACGUGGGCAGCCUCCAUAUCGGGGACGGGGACGUCCAGCUGGAGAAGCCGUGACCCUGUGGGCUGCCCGGGCCAGCUGUGCUGCCAGCUCUGGUGUCCCCCCACCCCUUCCGGUUCUCUUUUCAUAAUCUUUCCCGGGAGUGUCCUGACUCAACUUCCCCCUUGAGUGUAUCUGCUCUUCUUCCCUCUAGACUGUCCUCAUCCCCUGCACACACCCCAGUUCAGCCCUCCUGCUGCUUUUUCCAGCCUCCCCCCACACCCAGCAGGUAAUGAGCCCUUAAUCGCUGCCUCUAGGGGAGCUGAUGAUAGAGCCUCGUUAGUAUCACCUCCCCCUCCCUGCUCUGUCAGGGCCACUUAGUGAUAAUAAAUCCUUCCCAACUGCAGA